GCCACUCAGCUACAUGGUGGAAAAGAAAUUUGAAUGUUAAUGCUUCUCACUACCAAAGAGUCUAACACACUACUAGCUUUUCUCUUGCUCCCUUCUCCCUCCCCCACCAUGAGGUUUUUAACAUGAAUAAUUCAUUGCGAUUAUAGAUCAGCCUCCAAACACAUCUGUAGGUGCUGGUUCCUCUCUUGGCUGUGGAGGAUAAGAGUAUAGUAGUCCCACACAUUUGGAGGGUGCCAGGCUGGGAAAAAACUUUUUUUAGCAUAAUUUCCUCAUCUGAGGUAGGGCAAAACAGACAGCAACCACACUCUGCGGCUCCAAUCCGCCUUUUUGCCGGCCGAAGAAGAAGUGGCAGCUGCUCCUUUUUGCGCUGGUAAAAAAACCCGGCUUUUCGGCCCCGCUGCAACCAGAAGCUGACUUUAAGGCACUCUCUGGUGGUGUGUGGCGUCAAAACACUGUGUUGCCGGAAUUGCUGGAAGCUGGCCCACAUGUGGGCAGCUGAACAGCAUGAAACUGGAUUCUGGGCAUCUUGGGAGCAUGCGUCCUGUGUAUGCCAUGCUCUCAAGCUGGUUGGAAGCUGGCUUUUUAUGCUGGUCUGUUCUGGCCUGUAGUUACUUUGCAAUGUUCUGGUUUCAGCACUAGAGCUGGAUAACCGUAAUACUUUGUAUAGUUUGCAGUAAAGUAAGGUUCAAUUUAGGGCCACCAUAAGUCCAAAAUGACUUGAAGACAUGCAGCAACAAAGAUAUUCUGUCUGCCAAUAACGACCAUGAUAUUUCAGAAGAAAUGGUUAUCGUUAAGACUGAGAAGUUAGACGAAGGCAGCAGUAAUGAUGGAGGAAACUGCGAGGGCCAGGAGUCCCAGCCUUCCCCUCUGGCUCUGCUGGCAGCAACAUGCAGCAGGAUUGAAUCUCCCAGUGAGAACACUGAUGGUUCACAGGGACAACAGGGAGGCUCAAGUGAACUGGACCUUACUAGUCAGAUGUCUCAGAAUGGAAAUGACUGGCAAAUAAUUUCCACUCCCUCUGGGACUUCCAACUCUCCCAAAGACCAGGAGAGCACUAGCAAUGAGGAGAAUGAUGCAUCAUCCAAAAACCGAUCUGCUAGCACUGGGCAGUAUGUGGUUACUAACAGCUCCAACAUGCAGAACCAGCAAGUUCUGACAAGCUUGUCAGGCAUGAUACCCAACAUUCAAUAUCAGGUGAUCCCCCAGUUUCUGGGUGACGGACAACAGUUACAGUUUGCUACCACUCCCACCCAGGUUAGCGUCCAGCAGGAUGCCUCUGGCCAACUGCAGAUCAUUCCUGGGACAAACCAGCAGCUUAUUGCAAACAGGUCUGGGACAGGCAAUAUCUUGGCAACUAUGCCAAAUCUUUUGCAGCAAGCUGUCCCCAUUCAGGGAGUGAACACCCUCUCAGGGCAGACUCAGUAUCUCACUAAUGUCCCACUGGCUUUGAAUGGCAAUAUCACCUUGUUGCCUGUUAACAGCAUUGCAGCAAGUUUGGCACCCACUUCUCAAUCAGUGACUCUAAGCACCUCUGGCUCUCAAGAGGGCAGUUCUCAACCAGCAACAUCUGGUGCCUCAGUCAGUUCCUCCAGUGUGGGUGCAUCCCAAGCUAACUCUGUCAGUUUUUUUACCAAUGCCAACAGCUACAAUGCUACUACCACAACAAGUAACUUGGGAAUCAUGAAUUUUUCCACCAGUGGCACUCUGGGAACAAAUGUUCAGGUGCAGACGCCUCAGAGGACAAACAGUGCUCAAAACACUGACGCUCUGCAGAUGGCUGCAGUUGCAGUCCAGCAAAACCAACAGAAAGACGGUGAUCAAAGCCAGCAGCAACAGCAGCAGAUUUUGGUUCAGCCUCAACUUGUUCAAGGUGGGCAAGCUGGUCAGACAUUUACUACUCAAGAUGCUUUGCAGAACCUUCAGAUCCAAGCUCUCCCGAAUACUGGUCCAAUCUUUAUUCGAACACCCACUGUGGGGCCAAAUGGGCAAGUCAGCUGGCAAACUAUUCAACUGCAAAAUCUUCAGGUUCAGAAUCCGCAAGCUCAGACAAUCGCCUUAGCACCCGUAGCAUCCCUGGGUCAGACUGGGAGCACCAAUACAACACUCACACCAAUAGCUUCUGCCUCUCUCCCCAGUGGCACUGUCACUGUAAAUGCCGCUCAGCUAUCUUCUGUACCAGGCCUUCAGACCAUUAAUCUUGGGGCUCUGGGAUCUGGAAUCCAGGUUCAUCAGCUGCAAGGGCUUCCCCUAGCUAUAGCAAAUGCCACUGGUGAUCCUAAUACCCAACUGAGCCUUCAUGGUACUGGUGGUGAUGGGCUGGCUGAAGAUGCAACAACCAUGGAAGAAGGGGAUACCAGUCCAGACGCCCAGCCACAACAAGGCCGAAGAACGCGCAGAGAAGCAUGUACUUGUCCUUACUGCAAAGACAACGAAGGAAGGAGCGCUGGAGAUCCAGGCAAAAAGAAGCAGCAUAUCUGCCACAUCCCAGGCUGUGGGAAAGUGUAUGGAAAGACAUCUCAUUUGCGAGCCCAUCUUCGGUGGCAUACUGGGGAACGGCCCUUUGUGUGUUCUUGGACGUAUUGUGGCAAGCGCUUCACCCGCAGCGAUGAAUUGCAGCGACACAAAAGGACACACACAGGGGAGAAAAAAUUUGCCUGCCCAGAAUGUCCCAAACGCUUUAUGAGGAGUGAUCACCUCUCCAAACACAUCAAGACUCACCAAAACAAGAAGGGAGCUGCACCCAACAAUGUGGCUGUGGAUGUCUCCACUGUCUCCAUGGACACAGGGGCUUCAGGAGAAGGCAAUGGAGGAGGAGCACCAUCAGCUCUCAUUGCAACCAACAUGGUGACCAUGGAAUCCAUCUGCCCUGAAGGGAUUGCCCGUCUUGCCAGUGGUGGCAUCAGUGUCAUGCAAGUAGCAGAUCUCCAGUCAAUCAAUAUCAGUGGCAAUGGAUUCUGAGGCACUGUAGACUGUAAAGUAUCAUGCAGAUAUGGGAUUCUCAAGGUAGCAAUGGGUCCAAGAGGUGAGGUCUUUCAUAACAAAUAUGGUGAAAGAUCCGGACUCAGCUGCAACACCCUCCCUUUGAAACCUGUUUCAGAUGCCUACGAAUACUGUGUGCUGAAUAAGGCUUUGCUGUUGAGGUCAGCCCUGAUGCAAAUAUCCUGGGGAAAUGGGGACAGCCAGAGUUGUUUGGCUCCUUUUGUUUUGUUCCCCCAUCCUUAUAACAGUCUUUCCAUCCCCUUGUUUGGUACCCCAGAUGCCAUCAUGCCUUGGUUCUAAAUGUAUAUGAUCAUUGAAAUACUUUUUAGCAGAAAAAAAAUCUAUAUUAUUAUUAUUAUUAUUGUUGUAAUUAUAUAAAACUAUAAAAUAUGUUCAUUUUGAUGAAAGAGGUUAAAAUUGCUGUGACCAAAGUUUUUGGUCGUCAUUUGGAUGCCUUAACUUGGAAUUUCUUGAGCUGUUAGGCAGUGCUCAGGCUUAUGUUCAGAUGCCAUAUUGCAUUUUACACUGUAACUAUAAAAACAUACAUUUAGCUUUUGUACGCUUGGCUUUUAGGUUUAUUUGACUCUGCCUGACCCAUGGUCAUUUGAGGAAAAUCCCACUUCCACCUCUUUGUUUUUUUUAAAAAAGACUCUUUUUUAUUAUUAAUCGCUGCAUCUUUUCUAUUUUGGGAGAGGCAAGUCUGUUCAGUUCCCAUCAGCCUCCCCUGCCCCCCAGAAUGAUAGGUCUAUGACCUAUAACACUUUCCAGUUUCGUAGGAGGGAAGGCUACUGAGGGAGAUGAGUAAUUUGAGAUUGUUAAUGUUUGAAAGACAUCUUACUUCUGCAGUCAUUCUUAGGCCUCCAUAUGCUAUGAAUUCGGUACUAACAGGAGGGAAUGUUCCUUCUUUCCAGUUGCUAAUGUAAAGCAGUUCAAAAUGUUUCAACCUACAGUGGAACAGAAAACCAAAUAACUUGGUAUAUGUGUAGAUGAUGUGCCAGGUAUGUUGUAUAUAUGGUAAUUUUUUGUUUGAGGCAGGGACUUUGAAUAUGUCUUAGUGCGUCAACUAGCGAAGCUUGUACUUUGAGACAAAUAGGAUCUCGAUCUUUGGAUCUUAUUGUGUCUUUUGUGUAACAGGCAAAUACAAUGGCUGUAUGAGACAUGAGGUGUUUUUUAAGCUCACGCUACUGAUUGGAAUUGAAACACUGAAGCACUUCUCCAGUUCUACUCAAGUUGUCUUUGCCAGCAUUGAAUUAAAUUGUGGGGCCAAAUAACCCCUUCCUUGAUUUUGCAGACCUCCUUUCCCUUGUAGAUAAAUUACUCCUGUCUCCUGUGCACCUGCUGCUUCUAAUUAUUUUUCAGAACCAUAGCCCUUCCAGCCAUCCUGUUUCCUUCAUGAUAGUGUAGCCAUGAGACCACAUUCACAUAACAAAAUGGGUGGAUUGGGUGAGGGAUGCUGGUGAUCAUCACAAGCAGCAGACAAACAUAUGAGGCCAUAAUAAUGGAAAAGGUAGACAUAGGGUUGACACUCUAUCUAGAACAAGCAUGGCCCUACAUUUUCUUUUGUUUUACAUUUAAAAGACCUCAUGCCAGCUACAGAGAGUAGGGACAGGUUUGCCAGAUUGUGUUUUGGGGGUUUUUUUGGUCCCUGGGUUGUUUUGGGCCCAGGGCAAAACUGGAAAUGACUUCCUUUUAUUUCUGAUUUAAUAUCUCUAGCCUAAAACAAGCCUAGAGGAAAGGCAAAUGUGGCAGAAUUGUCCCUUGCCCAGCUUUGGUGGCAUGUGGGACCCUUCUAAGUUUUUUUUAAAAUGGGAAUUCAGAUAGGAAUGCACGGGGGGGGGGGUAGGGGGAUACGGUGUGACUCUCAGACUACUGGGAAUUGCCCACCCUUGCUUUAAAAGAACAAGGCCUUAUUAUGUGGUGUAAAUGCAGUUUGACCCUACUGGAAUGAAAGUACAUGCUAGUAAUGUUAGAUUAGCUAGAUUACUGUACCACACUCUUAUAGUGCUGCUAUUCCACUUUAACGGCUCUGGCUGCCUCCUGUUGCAUUCUGUCAUUUAGAAUUCUCAGCCAGAGAGCUUUUAGGCCUCACUGAACUACGAACCCCAAAAUGCAACAGGCAGCAGCCAGAGCAGUCAAAGUGGAAUAGUAGCACUAUAAAGUUUAGUGCGGUAAUGUGAUGUGCCUUUGCUCAAUCAGCUGUCCAGCAUGGUUGUGCAUUUAGUUGCUCAGCCACUUCUGGAUGUCAUCUUGCAUUAGAUCUGAAAUGCACACAUGCUGGCACAGUAACAUAAAUGGGUAUAGACCAUUGUUCUUAAACAAAUCUCUUGGCAGUCUAGGCAUUUUCCUCAAAGCCCUGUGUGGGUGGGUCAUACUGCUGGUGCUUUGUCCUUUCUCUUUCCUCUACCUCUUUUUGAACUGUUAGUUAAAGCAAGAUGGCUCUUCCCCAGUUAGAGCAAAGUGCCUUGAAAGAAAACAGCAGAUACUGAAUUUCAGGAAGGUGACAGCAUUGGCCAAGCAGUCUUCUUCAUCCUGCAUAUUUAAAAAAAAAAAAGAUCAGAUGCUUGUCUCCAUUGGAAGCCACCCUUCCUUACCUUUACCAUGUUCAAGAGAGAUCCAUGAAUUAUGGUUGGGCUUUGUUAAAAAGUCACAUUUUUUUGCUGACUGACUUGUCCCUAAAUCCUGCUGUUACAGCCCCUUGAAACAACCUGAGGGCCAGGUCACAUCUUUUUUCUUCUGCCAUCUCUUACAGCUUCUCUCUCUGCUUUCCCCAGUCACUCCUCUCCCUGUGUCCUGCAGCCUCUUUUUCCCAGUGUCUUUCACUGGACCAUCUCUCCCCUAUAGGGAAAUCUCUCUGUUCCCUUCAUUGGACUGUGAUACUAACUGAUGGUUUUGUAGGGCUGAACAACAGCAGGCUUUUCAGCAGGCAGGAACAAUUAAGCUGUACCAUCACAUUUUCUCAGGAUUUUGCCAGAAUUAAGUGUUAAUGCUCACAUCUACUAGUGGGCCCUUGGUGGUCAUAUGGCUUUCACUGAGUUGUGUUUUCAUUAUCUUUUCCAAUUUCAUAAGGAAAUCUGCUUGGUCUGCAACAUUCACUGAAAUGGGCGGAUCAAAGAUAUGAGACAGAAAACUGGUGCCCUGCUUCUUCCUGUCUUCCAAAUAAAAACCUUAAGUGACAUGAAAUGUCAUAUAAAAAGCAAGCAGAUCGUUGUAUGAGUUGGUGUGUGGUGAGUUGUGCAGAGGAAGGUGAAUGACCUGGCUUGUUUGAUUUUCUUUCCAUUGAAACAAAAGUGUUGAGUUCUGCUCAUCAGCUUCAAAAAGGGCAUGGAGGGAGAGUGAAGUUUAGUUCCCUCCCUGCUGCAGCUCAGCAUGCUUUUGGUUCAGUCAUCCUGCCUUAUCAUGCAGGUGUUGGGUGGGAAAGACCAAGAAAAGAGCAUACCAACCUGAUCAAGUUCUAUGUCUCUUAUUAAAACUGUAUAUCCUAUGCCAGCAUAUAAAAGAAAGCAGUAGGAUCCAAAUGUCUGGUAAUUAUCCUGAAGCUAGUGGGAAAAUUCUGAUUAGAUCAGUAUAGAGGAAUGUGUGUUUUUCUUCAGAUGUUACUGUACUGCAGCUCCUAUCUUUCCUCACCAUUGCCUUCAUUUGCCAAUAUCUAGCAAGCAAUUUCACUUGCACUCAACAAAUCCUCAAUUUAGAAAUGAACUAGUAUCAAAAUUACUUAACAAGCAUGAACAACAAAUAUUGGGUAAAUUUUAAAAGACAGGGAAUUGUGCCUGUGAAACCUGAUGCUCUCCAGGCAAAAGUAAAUAUAAAUACUGCUUUAUACACAUUUAAAUACAUUUCGUCCAUAGAAAGACUGUUGUAAUUUAUAAUGGUAAACGUCUUACAAGGUUUGUUCAAUUGUUCUGCCAUGUUGUUGGAGAAAAAACUGUAGAUUAUUCCUUGAAAAUGUCUUAGUGUCUCUACUAGACCAGAUCUGAGAAACAGAGGCCUAAAUCCUGCUGUUGUCUAGUCUAUGCCUGACUAGAGUAUACCCACUGAAUCAAGUGGUUUCAUCUAUGUUGUGACAAACCAUUAAUCAAUUGAUUCAGUAGGCAUAUUCUAGUUGGGACUAACCCAAUAUUUUGCUUAAUACAAGUUCUGUCAGUGCCAAACACACCAAGGGAUGAUUUAGCCAAGGAAGUGUCAUGUUUGAACCAGAAUUCAUGCCUAGGCAAGAAGAUUUUUCCAUAGCAAAAUUUUGGAGCACUUGGGCUAGAGUUAGGUAUUCUAAAAAGUAUGGUUUUCAGAAGCACAAGUGGCUGUACUUGUUUUUAGCAUUAAUUCUGCAUUUACAGUGACGCAUCUCAGGAUUACACCAAAGUACAGGUAACAGUGUUGUUACUGAAAUGACAACACAAGCAUUCUUUAGGAUGGUGGGGGAGAGUAGAUGUAAAAUAAGUACCUACCACUCAGCAAGCAGCAAUGCAAAACUACUCCAGAUCUCUGUCUGUAAGUUACUUAUCCUGUUCUGCCAUUUUAGACUCCAGAGCAUCUCAUGUAUCUUAAUAGAGAUGGUCUCUGUAAAUAUUCCUUCUUUCUUGUUUCCUUGAAAGCCAGAAAAUGGCGAUUUUGCAAAUAAAUGUCACCCUUCUUUUUCAAGCUACUUUUUCCUAAGAAAAUCAGGGUAUGUCUGCAGUGUUUGGGGAAAGUAGUAUUGCUGUUGUCUGCCCUCAUUCCUCAUCUUGUGGGCCACAGGCUGUUGUUUACUUGCUGCCUUGUCAGUUUUUCACAAUCUGUUCAAGUUUCUUCAACGCAUCUUCUGCACCUAAGGAUCCUGUUGGUCUUUAAAUCUGUAAGAUAUUUUAUUUUUUAUUUUUUAAAAUCAGUGUAUGGUUUCUUCACUCAGAGAGGACUGUGUAGCAUGCAGAAGAAAUCAGUUUAUAGCAGGGGUGGAUAAAGUGUGGCUCCUAGACUGCAUGUGUUCAGGGGCCAUUUGGAGAGCCACAAAUGACUUCAGUGUCUUUGAAAAUUGCUUUAUUUUUAACAAAAAUGCCCAUGCAUUCUCUAGGGUACAGGAACAAUUUUGCCAUGUCCUCCUCAGACCUGCUUUAGGUCCAGGAAAUGUCUUUUUUUUUUUUUUUAAAUGUAGGAAGUAGUCCAAAAGUUAACUUCCAGUUGGCUUUGUGGUUUAAAGAAUAACAUCUCCUAACUAAAACAAAAGGAGGGAAGAGGCAGAAAGAGAAAGAAAUGUCCCCAUGACACUAGAGAGUGAGGAUUUUUAUGACUAGAUUUCUUGUCGAAAAAUUGCUUGUUGGUCUCUUUUGUUGAAUUCCUCAUGUUUUCUAAAGAGUGGUAUAGUUUGGCUUGUAACUACUGCUGUAGAAACUGUUUCCAGCCAGCAAAAGCAAGCGAGGAAAAUUCAAGUAUGAACACUAAAGAAGGGAUGGGACUGUUUGCUUUCUUUCCACCUUUUUAGGUGGUGGGGACAGCAUAUUUUUUUAUAUAGUGAAAAUGAAAUCUAUUUGUAUUUCUUAUAACAAUCUGUAAAUCUUUAGAGACAGUGGCACCUCUAAAAUAUUGAGAUUUAGAAAUCUUGGAAAUUAUAGACCCUUGGGUUAGAAGGCAGUAUUUAUUUCCUCCAAAUUUUUAAACAGUGGCAUUGAGAUGCCCCAGUGGGAAGUGUAGUCAAGCCUGUCUUGCUGUAUGCUGCUGUUUCUUUCCUUAAGUAACUCGCACCCCUCCAUCCCUGUAAUGCUCUUUCCUGGCCUGAAGCCUUCGAAAAGGAAGCACCAUGUAUUCAGCUCAGCCAGUAUUUUCCCCCCUUGUUUUGUAUUCUUUGAAAUGGGUUCUCUUGUACUAUCAUUGGACAGAACAGCAACAGAAAGUCCUGGAGCGGGUGAUAAUAACAGCCUUGUGAUUAGUGGUUUUUUUAUUGGUGUGUGUGUGUUUGAGAAUUCUGAAAUGAAUCUCCAGUUUAAGAUAAUUUAGCUGUGGAAUUAACCAUGAAGUUCAAACUGCCUCUGCUGUUGCACUGUUUUGUGGUUACAGUCCAGUCAUGCAUAUAAAUGAAGCUCUGAUUUGGAUCUCUCUCUCUCUCUCUCUCUCUCUCUCUCUCUCUCUCUCUCUCUCUCGUGUGUGUGUGUGAGGUAUAUGGACUGCUGUCUGUGUUUUCAGCAUCUCGUGUUUUUUCUCUGUUAUGAAGAUGAAUUUGGCACUACUUCAUCCAUUUUGUAUUGGCCCAGUACACAGGCAAGGGACUCUUGGUCCUUGAGGUCUUAAUUUCUACCCAUGUUUCCUUAAUGGGCCAUUUUAAAGUGCAUGAGUUACUGUGAGGGGUGGGAUUCCUUCCCCCCCCCCCAAAAAAAAACCUGCAGUGUUUUCUUCUAUGUUCAAUAAUCCUAUCUCUCAGUCUGUCUGUCCCCCCUUUCCUUUUUUCUUCCUGGGAAUUUCCAGGAAAUCACUGCCAGAAGCUUUUGGUGUAGAAAAUUCUGAAAUAGCUUUAAAUAUCUGUGAGAGUCUGUGGGGGUUUCAAACAGGAACUUUUCGUCACUGCUAAGUGGCAGCAUCCCCCUCUCCAAAACUCCCCCUUUCUUUCACUUUGACUGCUUUAUCUAUUUUCUUUCACACUGUGUUGUGCAAUUGUGCAGUUUAGUGUCCUUUGCCAGAAUAAUAACACAGUGAUCCUUGGUUAUCUACUGGUUGAGAUGGUCUUUGGCUGCCUCCUUAUAGUCUCUGCACUGCCCAAUUUAAUGCAUGAGAAUUGAGAUGAAAGCCUCUUUUGUGUGGGUGGGU